AUGGAAUACCAGAACAAGGAAGUCGGCCCCACAGGUGGACCUCCUGUUAGUCAACAUAGACGUACUGCUCAGAAACCUAGAAAUGUCUUUUCUCUAACCUGCUCAGACAUCAAAAUGCCUUACUGUCUCCACAAUCCCGACAUCCCUGACCAUACCCCCGCCACUAACAAUUUCAAGGAAGUAGAACGCUUCCAGCAUAGCGGGUGGUAUGUCGAACAUCUCCUAAGUGAGGGCGGAGAGUUUACGAUGAGGGGAUUGUUUAGCAUAAAUGCGAUGCACGGUCGGCUGCAGAGCAGGUGGAGGCGGAAUGAUAACGAGCGUUAUGUCCUAAGGCUGUGGUAUACGCUCCUACCAAGCGGGUCCGCUAUUGGAAAUGUGGAUAGAGAUACACUUAGUAUGUACUCCUCAAGAUCAGACUCAUCUACGGGGGCUGAUAAGAGGGGCAAUGAUGAUAUGGAGGUAUUUUUGAAACUGGGGCGAAUCCUGCUGGAAAGAAACCCUCCUCCGAGAAAUAAAUGUCGCGGUACUCUUCGGUUAUGGACAUCCGGCACUGCGAUAUCUAUUACAAAGUUCCGAAUCGCGUUUGAGUCAUCCCCUGGAACAAGUCCUGCAGAAACAAACCACGGCGAGAUUCGAAGGGAAGCAAUCCGUACCUGGAAAGCCCACUGGAAGCGAGAGUCAACAUCACGUAAAUCGCAUAUCCCUGUCGCCACAAUAGGUAUUCCCUGCUCUCUCGCCUGUUUGGCGCCUAAAGUUCGUAAGAACAGUAUCGCUGCUGACCGGCAGGUUUUUCUGUUGAAUAGUGGAAUGAUCUUGGAAGAAGUGAGGCUUAUCAUCACCGAUUCUUCUGACUUCAAAAGGGGCAAAUUCAACAAUAAACGAAUCCUUAGUACAUUGAUACAUGCAAUAAGAAUGCCGUUCAUAAUCUAUGUUCCACACUCCAACCGACCCUAUCUAACCGAAAUCUCCACAAUCGCCUCUGACUGUCACUCCUGGGGCUGGCAGGUGGAAUCACGCUCAUCCUCCGAUUCCUACACCUGCGAAAUUCAGAGACGGGAAAAGCAACUCAAGCAAAGCGAGCUCCGAAUCUCACUUCUAUCUGUUUGGAGUCACGAGUAUACUAGAAGACUAGGAUUGAAGAGCACGGAUACAGGGAGAGUUUAUUCGAGGAGAAAAAGCUUGGAAGAAGAAGCUUUUGGCGUUCCAGAAACUUUCUUUGGAUUUCAGAGGAUGCGACCGGCGAGGUGCAAUUUCCAGCCGUUGGAAACGUGGUUGAAAGAAUUGGAGGAACUGUUACCGGCAUUGGAUGUUAUAGAUGCUGCAGGCCGUGGAGAUCCAGGGAUGGGGAUGUACUGGUUGAGCUGUACGCGAGACAGACCGUUGAGGGUGAAAAUCAAAAUAGGAGCGUGCUUCCGAGAUAUGAGCGUGGUGAAAGACCGCCCCCCUAUGAAAGCUGCCCGGAAGAAACAUGAGUUUUCUCAUGCCGAACUGGUGUACUGCGAGCACCACAAAUACGACAAACGAGAGAAUUGUAAUUGCCAUAGCGACCAACAGACAUGUUGCCAUUACUUUGACCGCCUGAAUAUCCAAAUUUGCGUAUGGUUGAGGGUGCGGAACCAAUAUGCGACCAUUCCCGCUUUCACGAAGGGAAGCAUGCUAUUUAUUCUACUGCUGUACCUUUGUCUCGGAAGUGACAAGAUACCGAGUCAGUCAUUCAUGAGAUGGAACACGAUACUGAAUUUGCCUUUUGGACGUCACAACGCCGCCAAAUAUUACCGUCUUAGCCCUGUACCACACGCGGCUAGGACGAUCACUGAGUCCGCACAGAUUAUGAAUAUGUCCAGGAUGACUAAGACUUAUUUUUGCGGCACCAAGAUGGCUGUGGAUUACAAGGCCAGCAAACUAAGCGGAUCAUCUAAACUUGGAAGCGAUCAUUGGUCAAAGCCAGAGAUGUCGGAGUUAGCUCUGCGCGUGUGGCAAUUUCUGGCUUCCAGAAUGUUUCGUGUACUUGCAUUCGCUUCGGUAGUGAGGAUUGCAGUGACCAAGGUCGCUAAUUUGGUCUACUUUGAAAGAUGGAAGUCCCAACUAGAGAUCCGAGCCAUUGGCUUUUCCCAUGGAAGGAGCUUUACCAGAGUUAUAUCUCAAAAGCAAAGCGCUCGAAACUCCACCAUCUGGUUAUCAGGCCCAAGCGUUUCCUUAAGUCAUCCUUCGCUGCGCGAGCCUCGUUAUCGUCCGUGCUUAGACGUUAACCAGUCACACGAUUUAGAAAACGGUGGUAGGCGUGUCCUAUUCUUUACGCCGUGUCUCAUGAACACUAAGGAGGUCUCUAUGCCAUUCUGCCUAGUACUCCAGGACAAUGGAGGUGAUUCCGACGACGCCAACCACAGUUCUGACGCUAGUUGGACCUUGCGGGUACAAGAAAACAACCUCGCACAACUUAUGGGUCAUCAUGUUCUUCUGUCCUCUUACUCUGGAUUCCGAGGCGUUUCAACCUGUGACAUUCCAGUCUCCCGCUGCCUCCACAAAACAUAUAGCUGGUGCACUGUCUUGCUUUUUACAGGACGGAAGGAGCUGCUUCGCAAUCACCGAUUUACGCGAGCUCUGCGGAAGCAUCAAGUACAGGAAUUAACCUCUAACUUAUCGGAACUUCAAAGCUGCGUCUUGGUCUCCUAG